GCCGCUCCGGAUCGGCUCUGCCAGACGCUCUUCUGCUCCCGCCCUGGUCGCCCGGCCGAGGGUCUGGGGCGCGGGGCCGCCCAGUCUGCGGCGUGACGGGCGGCUCAGCCUGAGGGCUCCCCUCCCCGCGAGGCCAGGCCUGCCGCCGCCUUCCUGACAGCCCCUUUUGUCCCAGAGGCCGCCAGCGUCUUCACUCCCACCCGGAGCGGCCCGACGCACCGCCUGCUUCGGAAGCACGCGAGCGCAAAGCCAAGCCCGCCGCCCAACGAAUGGAGCUGCCUCACUAUCCAAUCUGAUCGCCCAGGUCACCACACCCCAGCACCGACCUCCGGCCAGAUGGUCACCAUGGGCCAGUGCUACUACAAUGAGACCAUCGGCUUCUUCUACAACAACAGUGGCAAGGAGCUCAGCUCCCAUUGGCGGCCCAAAGAUCUGGUUGUGGUGGCGCUGGGCCUGACUGUCAGCGUGCUGGUGCUUCUCACCAACCUGCUGGUCAUCGCAGCCAUCGCCUCCAAUCGCCGCUUCCACCAACCCAUUUACUACCUGCUUGGCAACCUGGCCGCAGCUGACCUCUUCGCCGGUGUGGCCUACCUCUUCCUCAUGUUCCACACAGGCCCACGCACAGCCCGGCUGUCACUCCGGGGCUGGUUCGUGCGGCAGGGCCUGUUGGACACGAGCCUGACGGCCUCCAUGGCCACACUCCUGGCCAUUGCCGUGGAGCGGCACUGCAGUGUGAUGGCCGUGCAGCUGCACAGCCGCCUGCCCCCGGGCCGGGUCAUCACGUUGAUCGUGGUCGUGUGGGUGGCCGCGCUGGGGCUGGGGCUGCUGCCCGCCCACUUCUGGCACUGCCUCUGUGCCCUGGACCGCUGCUCUCGCAUGGCCCCCCUGCUCAGCCGCUCCUACCUCACCGUCUGGGCGCUGUCCAGUCUGCUCGUCUUCCUGCUCAUGGUGGUCGUCUACACCCGCAUCUUCUUCUUUGUGAGGCGGCGAGUGCAGCGCAUGGCCGAGCAUGUCAGCUGCUACCCCCGCUACCGUGAAACGACGCUGAACCUGGUCAAGACUGUUGUCAUCAUCCUAGGGGCAUUUGUGGUCUGCUGGACACCGGGCCAGGUGGUGCUGCUCCUGGAUGGUCUGGGCUGCAAGUCCUGCAACGUCCUGGCAGUGGAGAAGUACUUCCUACUGUUAGCCGAGGCCAACUCGCUGGUCAAUGCCGUGGUGUACUCGUGCCGUGAUGCUGAGAUGCGCCGCACCUUCCGCCGUCUUCUAUGCUGUUGGUGCCUCCGCCCGUCUACCCACGAGUCUGUUCGCUACACAACCGCCACCCACACGGGCACCAGCACUCGCAUCAUGCUUCCUGAGAAUGGCCAUUCCCUGAUGGACUCCACCCUUUAGCUAACCUUGAACUUCAGCAGGGUACAGCAAAUGCCACAUCGCUGCCCCGGGCCACUGUGGACGCCUGGCUCUACCCAGUCUGCGGGCCAGACUUAAAGGCAGACCGUCAGUCUGACAUGGCAUGAACCACUGCCAGCCCUACCCAGGCACGCAGCUGUGUCUGUCUCUGAGCCUGCAGGUUAGGGUCAUCUAUGCAACUGGGAGAGAGUUGAAUGGGGUGCAAGAAUCAGGUUCUGAAGGUUGGGGGGCUUUUUAACAGACACUUUUUUUUUUCUGCACAUGCCUGGUAACCCCUGUGGACUGCUUUCUUGUCUGUGGUGGCGUGGAUGAUAAAGAUGAGAGAGAUGAGGACUUUCGGGCCAUGCAGCCCAGGGAAGCAGGGUAACACGGACGGACUAUGGGUGCCCCGUCUGCCUGAGGCUGACUGUUUAGGGGCACAGACAGGAGUGCUGAGUGUGAUCUGGGAAAGGUCUAUGACCCCUUGCAGCCUCCAGGGGUCUUGCCUGUCCCCAUGAGAACUGAGGCGGUCUACAAGGAGGGCGUGAUUUAAGGAGUAAACUUUUCUACUCUGAGA